AUGGCUGUCUCCCCUACAGACUCAACCAUGAGCAAACUGAUGGAGGGCAACCAGGCAGGUAAGUAAGUGGCAUCACUGCCCUUUGGACCAUGUUUCUUUCUUCCCCCUGCCCCCUCCAUUCAGGUCUGAGGUUUCUUCUUCUUCCUUGGAACAGGCCUAGUUGCAAUGGACUGGAAGGGCACCAACGGGUACUGCAAUUGGGUACCAAAGGCACUGGAAGCUGUGGCAAUGGAUGUGGCUGAUGAUGCUAGUAAGCGUUAGAGCCAAAGAGAACCUCUCUCUCAUCAUGAUUUCAUAGUUUUCACCUCUGAGCUCAGAUGGUGAGCUCAUCUCAUCUGAACAAGGCAGGCUUUCCUGGAGCAUAGUAAUAGGAAUAUACUUUAUACCAAGGCAGAUCAUUGCUCCUUUUACCUUAGAAUUGUCCACCCAUUGGUAGCAGCUUGCCAAGAUUUAAGACAUGGGUAUUUCCCAGCUCUACUUGAAGAUGGCAGGGAUGAAACAGGAGAUCUUCUGGAUACAAAGCAUGCAAUCCGUCACUGAGCAAGAGCCAGACCUCUUCUGAAGAAUCAGAAAGUGAGGGAGGUCACUGGAGUCCCACAAAUGAAACUAAUAAAACUUCAGUUCAGGUGAUGCCUUUAAUCCUCAAGGCCACCACAUGUGGAGGAGUGGUCUUUGUUUAUUUGCACGUAAUGAAUUCAUUUAGAGCAGCAGUUUUCAUCUGGGGACUCAUUUCUUCAUUAUGAUUUUUUACCAUAGAUUUGUAUGGUUGUGGUACAGCUGUUGUGACCCAUCUUAAGUCAGGCCCCAACCCAAUAACGGGGCCCGACCCACUAGGUGCAGACCAAUAAUUAAGAGAUGUGGACAUUUCAAACUGCCAAUUUUCUAGCACUCGGAUAAAACUGAACAAAUGAGUGAUUAAACAAAACUCUCCUGCCACUCCCUGAAAAGAAAAGGUGGACCAGAGUGGCUAAAUACUUUUCUUUUAAACUAUCAGGUAAAUUUAGGAUCCUGAGAGCCAAAGUAGACUAGUGAUCAGUGUGAUGGGCUAGGAUAUGGGAGACUUGGGUUCAAAGAGGCCCUCCAUCUUUGAACCCAGUCACUAUCUCUCAGCUUGGAGUACCUCACAGGGUUGCUGUGAGGAGAGCAUGAGAGGAGAACAAUGUAUACCACGCUGAACUCUUUUACAGGUGAAAUGGGAUAUAUAAAAGAAUAAUUUUUUAAAAAAAAUCUGAAGAUAAAAAAAAUGAAGUAGAGUUUUGUUACCUAGCUAGUUUAUUAUGGCUUGACCCAUCAGAUACACUGAGCAAACCUAGAAAUUGGUGGGGAAGUAUAAACUCAGUUUGUGGUGUGGUGUAGAAUAAACAAAAUUAACAGUCUGAUAACUAAAGAUAAUGAUGUCAGGAAAGCAGCUGCCUGUUAUUACUUUGCUCUGAGUUGUGCUUUGAUAUAGUAAAAUAUCAUAUGUGAUUGACGGGGUCCUGUUGACCCGGGGGAGGGGAAUCCUAAUUGUAUCUCUGGUAUAUUAGAAACUCAAUUUUUAAAAAAGUUUUUUUAAUUUAAAAGAGAAGCUGCCUGUUGGUUACCUUCCAGGUGCAAUGCUUCGCUUUGGUUUAGUUUUACUUAUUCUUGUUUAACUUGUAACUGUUUUACUUGUAACCUCCCUUGGGACCUUGUGUUGAAGGGUGGAAAAUAAAGUGUGUGUGUGUGUGUGUGUGUUUCACACCAGUGGACUGUUGUUGUACAAAAUAAAGCAUAAGCAGGUGGCUGGUAACUUUGCCACACAAUAGAUUGUGCAAUCUGUUGCACAAGUUUCUUUUAGCACAACUGUUGUGUUGGAUUCUUCUGUUGUGCAAUAUUAAAACUCACCUGUCCGUCCCUGUGCCGGUGGACAGGGGACACAGGAUACAGCCCACUGUGUGUGUGUGUGUGUGUGUGUGUGUACACAUACGUUUUGUUCAUUAUUCCAGUUCUGUCCCCAACAGAUGGAAGUGAGUCUUUUACUGCUCUUUUACAGAGGGGGUGUGUAUGUCAAGUAAAUAUAGGGGUCCUGCAAUGGGGGAGCAAGCUCCUUUCCUGCCCCCCACCUUUCCCCUGGAUUUGUCGUCAUUCAAAACAUGUGGAGAUCUUCUCUCUUUUUCAUUUCAUUUUAAAAUUAUCUCUAUCUUCCUUUCUUCUUUUAUAUGCUUUGCUUUUGUUUAUGUUUUGUUUUGUUCUUUGGUGUCCUCUGCUCUGGGUUAAGGAGGGUACGCACUUGAAGGUGAUGUCUGGCUGGUGUAAGACCCUGAGUGAGAGGCAGGGAAGGAGAGAUCUCCACCACUUUCGGUGAGAGACAAGGGUUAAGAUUUACCUUCGAGAGAGCUUUGUAUUCCCCCCCUUUCUCUUUUCCUUUCCUUUUUUCCUUUCCCCCCUUCUUUUUUAUUAUUUAGUUUGUUUUUCAUUGUAUUUUAUGGUGAAAACUUUCAAUAAAAAUCUAUGCAGAAAACUCAAAACAUGUGUGGAGAAAAUGCCCCUGUUUCAUUGUGUGGUGCUCAUUAAGAUGCCUAGAUAGCUCCGUUGAUAAGUGCAUGCUGCUGAUAACACCAGGGUUGCAGGUUUGAUCCCCGUAUGGGAGAGCUGCAUAUUCCUACAUUGCAGGAGGGUUGGACCCCCAGGGCCUCUUUCCAACUCUACAAUUCUAUAAUUCUAUGAUUCCGUGAUCUGUCCAGCCCCCUGAUACCUCUCUUGUUUGUCACUAAUAGGACUCAGCCUGACUUCCAGCAAAGCUGGCAGCCCCAUGUUGCUGUGCAAGGUGUGUGGCGACACCAGCAGUGGAAAGCACUAUGGUAUCUAUGCUUGCAAUGGCUGCAGUGGGUUUUUCAAACGUAGCGUCCGCAGGAAGCUCAUCUACAGGUAAGGGUGACAUCUGUCCCCAGUAGGGCUCAGAAUAUUUAAUGUAUCAAUGCAUUAAUGUGUUAAUUGCAUUUAUACCCCCAUCUUUCCUUCUGCCUAAUGGUAGGGCUGGUCCCUCUCAACUCCUCCCUCCCUUCUCUACUUUAAAACAGUUAUGGGGGCUCCAGGUUUGAUCUGAAUUAGGGAUCUGGAUUUUACCAGACCCAUGCCAGAAUUCAAACCACUGCACCACAGUCAUCACCAGCUCUCCUCAGUCCCAGCAAGCAUAGUCAAUAGACAGGAAUGCUGGGAAUUGUAGUUCAGUGACAUCUGGAGGACCACAUGUUCCUCAUCCCUGAUCUGCCGCCUGAUCCAGUGCACUGCAUUGUUCCUUUUGACAGGUGCCAAGCUGGCACAGGUAUGUGUCCGGUGGACAAAGCUCACAGGAACCAGUGCCAAGCCUGCCGGCUGAAGAAAUGCCUGCAGGCUGGAAUGAACAAGGAUGGUGAGUAGAGACCGGGAGACCAGGAAAAUGCUCUCAGCUGUUAGGCUUCCAAUGCAUAAUACAUUAAUUGUGGGGACGUUGGUGGCGCUGUGGUUUAAACCACUGAGCCUCUUGGGCUUGCUGAUUGGAAGCUUGGUGGUUCGAAUCCCCAUGAUGGGGUGGGCUCCCGUUGCUCUGUCCCAGCUCCUGCCAACCUAGCAGUUCGAAAGCAUGCCGGUGCAAGCAGAUAAAUAGGUACCGCUGCAGCAGGAAAGUAAACGGCAUUUCUGUGUGCUUUGGUUUCCGUCACAGUGUUCUGUUGCAGCAGAAGCAGUUUAGUCCUGCUGGCCACAUGAUCCAGAAAGCUGUCUGUGGACAAAUGCCAGCUCCCUUGGCCUGAAAGCAAGAUGAGCGUUGUAACCCCAUAGCCGCCUUUGACUGGACUUAACUAUAUGGCUGGUGGGCGCACAGCUUCCCUCCCAAGCCUCUGCAGGGAUUGCUCUCCUCCCUAGGAGGCUUGGGAGGGAAGCUGCGUGCCCACCAGUCUUAUCGUUGGCAGGGUGCAGCUGGCAGGCAUGCAGGGAAAGGGGAGGCCACCGGCAAAGCUGCGCAGCUCCCCCACUUGCUGGGGCACCCCUAAGAGGCUGGCACUCUGGCGCGACGCACCACUAAGCCCUAUGGUAAAGACGGCUCUGCUGCCAACCCUUUGAUCUGUUUGCUUUGUUGCUGACCUCCUGCCUGUCCUGCCUCAGCUGUGCAGAAUGAACGCCAGCCCCGCAGCACAGCCCAGGUGCGACUCGAUGCCGUUGACCUGGAUCCUGAGAGGCAAGCUGAACACCUGACCACAACGCGGGAUGUCCUGCUGCCACCACCGCCGCCACCCUGCCCCUCCCUGCCGAGCCACAGGGGCCCCACCACCUGCUCUGCAACGGGGACUCCAAGGGGCCGACCCACAACUCCUCCCAGCAACCACCGCUUCAUGGCCAGCCUGAUGACAGCCGAGACUUGUGCCAAGUUGGAGCCAGAGGAUGGUCAGUGGCUGGGCAUGGGUGCAGGGGGGGGGAAGGCAGGCAGUAUGCCAAGGAAGUGUUAGGGCACAUCUGGUCAUCCAGUUGUUGUUGAACUACAACUCCUAGCCUCCCCACUCAUUGUCCAACAACAACUAGAGGUCUACAGGUUCCCCACUGCUGCUUCUGAACAUGUGGCCUUGGUGACAUCCUACUUCCAGCUUCCUUAAACCCACAGAAGACAGCCGGUGCAGAUGCAUUGAUACACACCAUGGCUCGUUUUGAGUGGCUGUACUGGAUUCAACCAAGCCUGUGAGACCUUCCUUUGCUGCCCCCUAGUGAACAUUGAUAGUACUGCCUCAAUUGGGCUUCUGGCUCCUCCUAGUUUUGCCUUGUUGUCCACUGAAGCUUCUAGUCUCUGCAGUUACAGUGGCCAGGUGUCCAUCUUAAUAGGAGGACUGCUUUAUGUAGUCAUUUAUCUGGAGGGCUGUCAGAGGAGAGCUCGGUUAGAAGGGCUUUUAGACCAACUGAAGAACCAUAAUUGAAAUUGUCCAUCAACGCUGUGCAUUUAUGCCAAGUGAUCUUGGGUAGCGAUGUGUUAAGUGGCUGCCCUCUGCAAACAUUUCCUUCAGAACAGAUGUGUCUCUAAACUUGCAAAUCUGCAGCUCUACAGUGUUGACAGGAUGAUUCUCCCUUCUGCAGCCGAGGAGAAUAUUGAUGUCACCAGUAACGAGCCAGAGCGCCCAGCGGGAGAGGCGCACGUGUCCCCAUAUCCCCCCUCCAGCUCCGAGAGUGUCUAUGAAACCUCUGCCCGGCUACUCUUUAUGGCUGUAAAAUGGGCGAAAAACUUGCCGGUCUUCUCAAACCUGCCCUUCCGAGACCAGGUGAGUUCCUGGGCCAAGUCCAGUUGUGGAUUACUUGGGCUCAGACUAAGGCAGGGGUGGGGGAUGGCAACAUAUGUUGAAGAGGGGCCGUAAUUCAGAGGAUGAGCAUUUGCCUUGCCUGCAGAAGGUCUUGAUCGCUGGCAUUUUUAGGCUGGGCUGAGAGAGAAUCUCCUUUUUUCUCUUUUGUUGAAGAACAGGAUAUUUUAAUGCCAUCAUCAUCACAGAGGUGUCUGUGGAGGGGAUAUAUUGAUUGAAAAUGUCUAGUAAACCAGGUCGGUAGUUGGGCUCCUAUUGAGGGUAUUUGGAGAGCCAACAUGACAGUGAUGUAGGAUUGAGGAUUGGAGUGACAAUUCUGAUUCUAUGGCAGUGGACAAAACUUUAUUGUAAUUUUUGAAUAAAUGUGCUAGAGAGAGAGAGAGAGAGAGAGAGAGAGAGAGAGAGAGAGAGAGAGAGACUCUAGCCUGAAACCCUGGAGUGUCUGCCAGUCAGUGUAGACAAGACUGAGAUGGAUGACCUAAUGAUCUGACUCAGUAUAAGACAACUUCCUAUGUUUCUAUUCUGGGCUCUUACAGCCCAGAAUAGAAACAUAGGAAUAAGAGCCCUCUCUUACUGGGCUCUUAUUCUCUUCUACUUGAGCUUAUUCACUGAACCAGGAAGCAUCCAAUUGUACCAAAAUGCUAGCUUGAUGUGUUAACUUCUACAGGUAAAAAUAGCACUUGCUCUAAAUCAGGGUGGGGAACCUCUGAAGGCUCCCCCCUCCGUGGCCCACGAGGCCCUUUUGGCUAAGCCACACCAACUUGCCAUGUACCUAACAUUAUAUAUGACAUCAGGUAUGGGGCAGUUGAACACACAGCUAGGCUAAAGGGGAUUUGCAGGAGCGACUGCUGAUCAAUGGCAUCUGCAAAGGCUUGCACAUAGCACUCUGUAAGCACCAAUGUUCAGCUAAGCCUAAAUUUACAUAUAUUGCUAAACAGUGAUAUUGACAAAUUUAGAACCAGUUGUAUCUUUAUUUAUAACUGAGGUGGUGAACUUGUCGACCUCUCUGUCUUAUUGGACUCCAACCCCUAUCAGCCCCAGCCAGAAUGGUCAAUUGGCAGGGAUGAAUGAGUUGGUAGCCACAGAUCCCCAGUCCAAUUUAUUAAAAAUGGGGAAAUAAGGCACAGGCAUUUUGGCUAAGUUGUCAGACAACAAGGUAAUUGGUUUUGUGAAAACUGGUGCUUGUUGGAAGUGUAAAAUACAUUUCUGUGAAUAUAGAGCAUCCAUAAUCUGUUAUCUAGUCUAGGGUGUCUUGUCUUUUGCAGGUGAUCUUACUGGAGGAAGCCUGGAGUGAGCUGUUCUUGCUAUGUGCCAUCCAGUGGUCUUUGCCCCUGGAAAGCUGCCCCCUCCUCUCUGUGUCAGAGCUGACCCCCACCCUCAAUGGAAAGGUCGUGUCUUCAGGAAUGGACAUUCGUGUCCUGCAGGAAAUAAUUGCACGUUUCAAAGCGCUUGGUGUGGAUCCCACUGAAUUUGCCUGUAUGAAGGCAAUUGUACUGUUCAAACCAGGUGAGCGGGUUUUCAGGAGGAACAUGUAAAUCAUAGAGAAAAUUGUGCAUGUCCCCAAAAUUACAGUUAUAAUUUAAAAGCGCCCCCCAGUAAUGUUUUCCAUGCAAAUUACAUCAUUGUUUUUGAAUAAUUUAUCCUGGCUUUGUUCCUUUCCCCUCCUUGUGCUUAGCACUGGAGGACCACUCUUCUGAUGUCUCAGCAGGCAUUUCCCAUAUACUUUCAAAGAAGUAUUUGCAUUCAUGAAAGCUAGAAGCUCAAGAUGGUGUGCCAAAUGAGUUACUGUCCAUUUCCAAUCCUCCUUCAAGGCUGCUGCAUCCUCUGUCUUCAAAAUAUUCCAUGAGACCCUAAUCCUGUUUUAAGAUCUACAGUAGAACAGCGUCGGUGUACACAUAUUUUCCUUAAGCAGAAGUUUUCUUUUUCUUUUCUUUUGCAGAAACACGCGGUCUGAAGGAUCCAGACCAGGUUGAGAAUUUGCAGGAUCAGUCUCAAGUGAUGCUGGGACAACAUAACCAAUUACAUUACCCCAGCCAGCCAGUCAGGUACCUACAUCUGAGUGCUCCUCCUUGCUGUUAUCUUCAAUUCCUCCUUCUGAAUGCAUUCAUUCCAAACCAGCCCAGGCAACAUGGGAGUGCUAGCUAAAGCCAAUGUUUCACCAACUUGGGUCUCCAGCUGUUGUUGGACUACAACUCCCAUUAUCCCUGACCACUAGAAAUUGUUGGAAGAAGGUCGUCUCCAUUUCUCCGCUCUCAAAUGUGGUGGAAAAUUUUGAGAGAUAAUUUUAACCUAACCUAAACUUUUGUCUCCUCCUCCCAGGUUUGGAAAGCUGCUUCUGCUUCUGCCUUCGUUGAAAGUUAUUUCUUCAGACCGCAUUGAGCUUCUUUUUUUUCGUAGGACCAUCGGGAACACUCCCAUGGAGAAGCUGCUCUGUGACAUGUUCAAGAAUUGA